GGCUGUUGCUCUUCUUUUCUCUUCCUCUACUUCCUCUAUCUGUCUGUACCAGGAGCCAUGGCUAAUCAUCUUAUAACUAAUGCUCUCCUUCGUCCCCAUGGUACUAACAAUCCUUAUAACACUCUCCUGGGGGACUCGGCAGUCUAUAACAACCCAGCCGUGGGCAUGUACAACACCCAAGCACCCUACCGAGACACAAAGGGCAUCCUGAACAACGCCAGAGACGCCAGCGUUAUGGACACACUUCCUCUUAAUGGCAACCAUGGCAAUAACUUCAGCAUGGCCAGCAGCGAGUACCUGAGCGACUGCGUUCAGAUCCUGGAUCGUAGCGGCGGGUACGGCACCCACAGCAACCACAAGGAGACAACCCUGGAGAAGAAGAUCCUCAAGGAGCUGACCUCCAACUACAUCCCUCCUUACCUGAACAACCACGAGAGAGCCACCACUGAGCGCAGCCACAACCUGAUGAACAAGCUGGUCAACAGCAGCAUGGCCAACGGAGGGAGCCUGGCUGGGGGCAGCAGCAGCAGCAGUGCAAUUGGCGGCUGUGUGGGCAGCAGUAAAGAGGACAACAGUCCCAUGGUUCUGGACAACCCUGCAGCCUUCCCCCACGAUGAGAACCUCGGUUUGGAGAUCAUCCGAGAGGAGUCCAACGCGCCUCUCCUGCCGCCGCGGCCUCCUCCACCAGACAGCCACCCCCCGCCGCCGCCUCCUCUUCACAGCUUCUCCAGGCAGCGGCGCAUCGCCCAGGAGCCCAGUGAGAGCUUCUUCCCCCUGCUGACUAACGAACACACUGAUGAGCACACACAAUCGCCAAACCACAGAGACUCGCUCUACACGAGCAUGCCGGUGCUGACGGACCUCCCCGACGGGCAGAUGAACGGCUUGACAGACGGAGAGGAGGACAGCUCCGGGGAGCUCCAGCCCUGCAAGAGUGCCACUGCUCCUGAACUGGAUGAUGUCUAUUAUAAAAGCAUGCCAAACCUGGGCUCCAGGAAUCACCUCCACGAGCUGCAGAACUACUACCACAUGGGCCGGGGUGGCAGCGACGGGUAUAUGGUGUCUGGGAGCAAAGAGGAGUCUGACUCGUCACCUGAGGAGCCUCCAGUGGACCCUUCUCACCUGGUUACAAGUCUAUAGAGCCAGCUGUCCCUCCUGUAACCAUUUUCACACUUUUAAAGUUCCAAUGAAGACAUUGUGUGUUGUUGACUGACAGAGCUGGCCCACCCCUGGAUUGAUACACUGUGUGAUAUGAACGAUGGUUUGUGACAAUAUAGACAUCACUGGUCAAAUACAAGGAAGGAGAGAAUGUAUUGUGAUAACUGGUGCAAACCCAAAAGACAUCUGUCAGCACCAAAUAGGAAAAUUUCACUUGGAACAGGGAGAGGUUCUGUAAUUCCAACAAACCUGUUACUUUCAUUUGGAGUCUUGGACUGAUUGUAGCCUUGCAAGAUCCCCAGUACACGCUUCACUUACUAGCAGAUCGUAGAGGACAGUCUCCACUCCCCCCGCCUUUACGUGGGGAGGACCCUGGUUAAUGGAGCUGCGUAUGUCUCUGUACAUCUCUGUCAAACUCUAAGACUUGGAUGAUAGUUUCACCUCUCCAAAAGUUAGAGCAGAAUCUUCAACUCCGGUGUUCACAAUAUAAACUUUCACCCACAGAGAUGCAGCAUACCUGCCAAUCAAGUGAAGGAUGUUUUAUAUAUAUGCCCUCACUAUCCAUCAUCCAGUGAAGUCCAUAUCAUGCAGGCAGUUGAAGUGGAACCAUACUCACGCCAAUGUUCUGAACUCUUUCCCUGUUUGUAUCUGCUAAACUGGAGUUGUGUCCGGGCUGGUGUAACAUUCCUGCGAGUUGUAGUGACUACGGUUACUGUGUACUUCACAAAAAAAAAAAAAAACAAAGACAGAAGCUCAUAUUACAGCUCACUGAAC